UCUUUAUUACCAGCAACCAGUUUAAAAUUUUAAUCUUAGGACCAAGUGUCAACCUUCAACUGUUCAACCUCUAAAUUUUUUAUCAAUAAGAUAAAAGUAAAACCACCAAAAUGUAUCCAAGUUUUGUGUAAUUAAAUUAAAGGAAUAAAAAUAAAAAUGGCAUCAGUUGAACCAGUUGAUGAUGGAAUUGUUGAACCAGGUAUUGAACCUGGUGCUUCUACAGAAACAAUGCUGGUUACUGAUGACACUUUUGAAGAAUAUGAACAAUUAAAUCAAACUAUAAAACAAAAAAUAGAUAAGGGAUCAUUUUCUCCCGACACUGAUUUGAAAUCAUCUCUAGAUGAUUCCGCUGAUGAAACGAACCCGGUCAUGGAUGCCGGAGAUCCACUCCGUUGUAAACAUUGGCUCGCUCAGAAAAAACACAUCUUUGUGCUGAGUCAAGCUGGCAAGCCCGUUUACUCCCGACACUGUCCUGAAGACAAGCUGGUGACCAUAAUGGGAGUGAUGCAAGCUCUGGUGUCAUUCGUCCAAGCUGGUAAUGACACCAUAAAAUCAGUUCAUGCUGGAGACACUAAUUUCGUGUUCCUUAUCAAGGGACCCCUGAUCUUAGUGGCAGUUUCCAAGACCCUCGAGAGCGUUGCCCAGCUUAAUUUGCAACUGACUUACGUGUACAACCAGAUUCUAUUCGUGCUCACGCAGUCACACUUAACAAGAGUUUAUGAGCAGAGACGUAAUUUUGAUCUCAGAAGAUUGUUAACGGGUAGCGAAAGAUUGAUAGAUCACUUGCUUAAUUUUAUGGACCGAGAGCCGGCAUUUUUCCUUGGUGCUGUCAAAUGUCUGCCUCUUUUACCUUCAAUGAGAGAUUCAAUUACGCAAACAAUUAUUCAAACUUGUAGUAAAAUAAAGAAUUUGGUAUUUGGAUUAUUGUUGGCAAAUAAUCAACUGGUAACACUAGUAAGGAUGAAAAAAUUUUUCAUCCACCCGGCGGACUUGCAUUUGAUACAAAAUUUAGUCGCAAGCUCUGAGUCUUUCAAGACAGCCGAAGGAUGGACGCCGAUUUGUUUGCCAAAGUUCAAUUCCAAUGGGUUCAUGCACGGGCAUGUUUCUUACCUUGCUGAAGACUGCCAAGCCUGUUUGUUGCUGCUCACUGCCGACCGCGACGUUUUUCAGACUCUUUCGGAAGCCAAACAGAAGAUUGUUGAAAAAUUGAGGCGCACUAAUUGUUUGGAAGCUAUUAAUGAGUCGAUGAAUCGUGUGUCAGUUACAACUGCUGAAAUUGGGUUACCGGAAAUGCGACAUGUUCUUUAUAAAUGUAGAAGUACUGCACAAUUUUGGAGUCCUGGUUUUCAGCCUCCUUAUAAUACUGAUCAAGAAGUUGAAAGGCUACUGGGUCUCUAUCAAUGUCUACAUCAUCGUCUCCACUCGCCUACCCGUCCACUAAAAUUAAUAUUCCAGCAGCUAGAAAAAGAGACGAUGCUAGCAUGGGUGACCUCAGGUUUUGAAUUAUACGUAACUUUUGAGCCUCUUGUAACUAAACCAGACGCAAUAAACGCAGUAAGUAAACUGCUCAAGUGGAUUAAGAAAGAAGAGGACAGACUAUUUAUCCUUAACUCACCGACUUUUUAAUUUUAAUUUAAAUUACAACAACAAUUACAAUAUUAACAAAUAAAUAGUUAAUUUUAUAUAAAAUAAUGUAUAUUGUAUAAAAAAAAAUUAACUUUUAAAUCACGUUAAUUAAGUAAAUUUAUUUUAGUACAUAUGUACAUGUUGCUCAUUAUUUAUAUUAAGUAUUAAAGAAUUAUGUAAAUAAAUUAAGAAAAUUUUUA